AUGGACACAUUCAAUAAACCAAAUUUGAAAAGAUUUCGAGAAAUUCUAUUGAAAGAUCAAUAUGAAAUAGAUGAUAAUGUUGAUGAUUAUUCGGAUUCUGAUUCUGAUACAGAAUACGAAGUUCCUACUAAUGUUGAUGAAUCAGAUGACACAUCAACAGAUGAACACAUAUCAGAACAAUCUGAUUCAUCAGAUUCUGAUAUUGAUGGUGAUAAUAUUAUCGUAAAUACUCAACCUGCAACAUUACAAAAAGGUGAACUUACAUGGUCUUCAGAUCCAAGUUCUGUACAAAGUCGAACACCUGCUGCUAAUAUAAUGAAAAAAAACCAGGCAAAAGAAAAUAAAAAGCCUGUUAUACUUUUAUCUUCAUUGCAUAAUUGUCCUGAAACAUAUGAUGAUGAUAAACAAUUACCAUGUGCUAUUCACGAUUACAAUCAAACUAAAUGUGGCGUGGAUAUUAUGGAUCAAUGUAUUAAUUAUUAUACAGUACGAAGAAUUACUCGACGUUGGCCUAUGGCUGUCUUUUUUAAUAUGAUUGAUAUAGCUACUAUAAAUUCGAUGACUAUUUGGUUAUGUCAAAAAACUGAAGAAAACCGAAAAUCAGAUGUUCGAUGUACAUUUUUAAAGCAGUUGAGCAAAAGCUUGACAGAUGCACAAAAUCGUCGCCGUAGUCAAGAAGUUCGGCUUAUGCCUAAAGUGUGUCCAGGCGGACCCCAGGACAACUACAAAGUACAAAAAUCAGGACAACCACGAAGGGUUAAUAUUCAAUAA